AUGAAGUUCAUUUUGACACUGGGGCCAUACAUUAUCCCGCUGGCAACAGUCUACUUGGCCGAGUAUACCAUGCAGACGGGAGUGUGGUCGGCCAUCGGGUUCCCUGUUGAAAGCAAGGACGCGCGCGCGAGCUUCUACUCGGCCGCGGGCUUAGCCUACCAAGCCGGAGUGUUCUUCUCGAGGUCCUCCGGCGUGCUGUUCCAAGCUACGCGGCCCAUUCUGUAUCUCAUGCCGGCGCUGCAGGUGCUGCUGCUCGGGUUCUUCACUCUCGUGGCGGCCACGCACUUUUGGUACAACUGGGGGUUGCUGGUCGUGUGUUUCGUGAUCGGACUGCUCGGCGGCGGCGUCUACGUGAACGCCUACACGCUGCUGUCGAAGGAGAUCGCACCGAGUCACGUUGAGCUGGCACUUGCAGCGGUGUCUGUGGGCGACACGGUCGGUGUCAUGUUUGCCGACUGCGCUGGUCUGGUGCUCCAAGGCUGCCUGUACUCCAUCAACCAUCUCCCAGGCGCCUCAAUCGAUGUUACGUGCUGA